AUGCCGAUGCUCAAGGAUCCGUCCAAAAAGUACAACAGGUUUACCCCAUUGAACCUCCCGAACCGUCAAUGGCCGUCUAGAACCAUCGACAAGCCGCCGCGAUGGCUGGCUACCGACCUUAGAGAUGGCAACCAGAGCUUGGUCGACCCAAUGAACGGCGAGGAGAAAUGGAGAUACUUCAAGAUGCUGGUCGAGCUGGGAUACAAGGAGAUUGAGGUCUCCUUCCCCUCGGCGUCGCAAACCGACUUCGACUUCACGCGACGCCUAGUCGAGACCCCAGGCGUUGUGCCCGACGAUGUUUGGCUGCAAGUCCUUGCGCCCUGCCGAGAAGACCUCAUCCGCCGUACCGUCGACUCCCUCAAGGGCGCCAAGAAGGCCCUCCUGCACAUCUACCUUGCCACGAGCGAAUGCUUCCGGCGCGUUGUGUUCGGUUUCACAGAGGAAGAAACCAUCGAGCGUGCAGUAGCAUGCGCCAAGUACGCCCGCUCCAUCACCAAGGACGACCCCGACCAGGCUGGUACGGAAUGGGCCUUCGAGUUCAGCCCCGAGUGUUUCUCAGACAGCAGCCCUGAAUUCGUCAUUCAGGUCUGUGAAGCUGUCAAAGCCGCCUGGGAACCCACAGUCGAGAACCCCAUUAUCUUCAACCUGCCUGCGACCGUCGAGAUGGCCACGCCGAACGUCUACGCCGACCAGAUCGAAUACUUCUGUACAAACAUCAGCGAGCGGGAGAAGAUUUGCGUCUCCCUCCACCCGCAUAAUGACCGUGGCUGUGCUGUUGCGGCCGCCGAGCUUGCUCAGAUGGCAGGCGCCGACCGGGUAGAAGGAUGUCUAUUUGGUAACGGUGAGCGGACUGGCAAUGUUGAUCUGGUUACUUUGGCUCUGAAUCUCUACACUCAGGGUAUCCAUCCCAACAUCGACUUCUCUGAUCUCAACCGCGUCAUCGACACUGUCGAGGUUUGCAACAAGAUUCCCAUCCAUCCUCGAGCUCCAUACGGCGGAUCCCUUGUCGUAUGUGCGUUCAGUGGUUCCCACCAGGAUGCCAUCAAAAAGGGGUUCGUGAACCGGGAAAGGGAAGGCAAAGCCUACGAGGACACGUGGCAGAUGCCGUAUCUGCCUCUGGACCCCCAAGAUAUCGGUCGUACAUACGAGGCUAUCAUUCGCGUCAACUCACAAAGUGGCAAGGGAGGUGCCGCUUGGAUCAUCCUUCGCAAACUCGAGCUUGAUCUACCUCGGGGCCUGCAAAUCGCCUUCAGCAAGGUGGUACAGAAGAAGGCAGACGAGCUCGGGAGAGAGCUCUUGUCAGCCGAGAUUACCGAUCUGUUUGAGCAGACGUACUUCCUGCGCGAUCACCCGCGUUUCAACAUUGUCGACUAUUCAAUCUCGGUCGACCGGUCGACAUCACCUGUUCCGCCCGAACCAGGCAAGACUCAGGAUACUAAGAACCUGGGACGUGUCUUCAAGGGUGUCGUGGCCAUCGAUGGAAAAGAGUAUCAGUUGGAGGGUCGCGGUAACGGUCCCAUCUCCUCUUUAGCUAAUGCCUUGAAGGGAGUGGGCAUCGACCUCGAUGUCGCCGACUAUAAGGAGCAUGCCAUCGGAGGCGGACGGGAAGUGAAGGCGGCCACGUAUAUUGAGUGCACAUCUGGCUCGGCGCAGAAGGUAUGGGGUAUAGGCAUUCAUGAGGACGUGGUCCAGAGCUCCUUGAUCGCUCUUCUGGGUGCAGCGAGCAACUUCGUUCUCAGCAGACCUGGCAGCCCGAUCCUGUCGAAACACGCGCCGAAACGAUCCCUCGAUCAGGAGCUGGAUAUAAACGGAAGUGGUAUGAAGGUGCCGAGUGCUACCAACGGGCCUACCAAGUCUCAAGAUGAAGUAUCUGAGACGGUCAAGGUGCUGGAAGCGAAGGCCAACGGCAUGUAA